AUGGUUAAUGAAAAUAUGGACGAAGAACAAUGGGCAAUUUUAUUUGAUAAAGAUUAUAUUCGAGCAGAAGAUUACAAACGAAAUCUCCAAACUCUAAACGGAUAUAAUCAAUUUCUCGAGGAAAUUCCUUCCCUGUUAAAAUUAGAAAUAUCGAAUGAACUUUCACAAUGUUCAAGAUGUCAGAAAAUUUCUCAACUUUUACAUAAUGAUGAUGAUAUGAGUUGUCAGAUAUUCAAAUAUUUUCAUGAAAUGAAAAGAAUUACUUCGGUAGCUGAUUUACGUGAUGCAAAAGUGGACAUUGAAAUGUUAGAAAGAUUGUUUAAGAUGUAUAUUUAUAUUUGUCAAAAUUGUGAUAAAAUGUCAACCGUACCGGAACAUUCUGGAUAUCAUAAUCAUUCAUAUCUUAAUUCGUUCGUUCAUCCAUUUUUUCCUACCCAAAAAAAUUCAUUAAGACAUCCUAAUUCAUACGUUCUCACCAAUCUAAAUCAAUUAAAAGGAAUUGAAAUUGAUUUAUUAGAUUUUAUGGAUAUUCUUAAAGAAUGUGUUAAUUUCAUUCGACCAAUUACGAUUCCUGUCAAAUGGGAUAUUUAUAUAGAAGAAAUUCAUUUGGGAAAAAGAAAUUUAUAUAAUGGAAUUUUUGAGAAUAAUGAAUGGAAACGAUAUAUAAAGAUUGAUGAUGAAUUUAAUUAUUUACCAAUAAUGCCUCAUCAACCAAACCGAAUUGAUAAAGCUGAUAUAUUUAUAAAUUCAAAAGUUAGUUUGAAUUGCUUAGGUGAAAUUUUUGCUAGAAGGAAUGAUGUAAAAUCUUAUUCUUUAAACAAAUUCCUUCACGAUGUCUUAGGCUUUUCUUAUUUUGUCAAACAUUGUGAAAUAUUUAUAUGUAUUCGAUGUGGAUCUUUCUCAUUAUUAAAGCAAGGAGAUGGAAAAUUAUGUAGAAAACCUUAUCUUAAUCAUUUAUUUCAACGCAUUACAGAUGUUUAUCAAUUUUACGAUGAACAAAUUAAUUUAUUUGAAUUUCAAUAUGUUAUGAAAUCUGCUUUGGAUAUUAGUUAUCCCGAUAAACCUAUUCAUUCGAUUCAUAUGAAAAAUAUAAAAAGUAAUGGCUUAUUGAAUAGACAUAUUUAA